CACGGUCAGACGGCAUCCAAGAUCGAGGCCACGACUUGUUGGAUCCUGGUGGGGGGGCGAUGACGGGGGGUGCAGGGAGCAGAGGUGCGGGGGGGUCUGGGGGUGCCCAAUUCAACCCUCUGUCCGAGAAGGAGAUGGUGAAGUUGAGGCGAGGGAACAUUGUUUGGAACUUCGUCACCGCGGGCCAGUACGUCGGGGACCAGUCCAAGAUGCACGGGGAGCGAAAGUUGCGUUGCAACUUAUGCGGCCACCUGUUUCAGGGGGGGUCGUCGAAGGCCGCGCGUCAUUUUACGCAGUCAAAGUUCUGCAAGGCUGGGGGGAUGAGAGUUCUCAUGGAACUCUGGAACGACACGGACUACACAUUUGUGUCGUCCACUGCUCAGCGGGUGCAGAGGUGGAUGGAAGACGAGGGCAUACGGGACACGAGAGCGCCCGCGGGUGGCCAGAGACAGCGGAUGGACGACGCAGAGAGGGACGACAUUCAGGACGCCCUCGAUGAGGAGGAGGGCCGCGAGGGUGGGGCUAGGGAGGGGGCGGUUGCAGACGAGGCAGACGAGGCAGUCAGAGAGCCUAACCUGCCAGGGGAGGAGGUGGUGAUGACGUCGAGAGGCGUCGGUGGAGCGGGUCCUGGUACUAGGGCGCCGCGAGCUGAGGUGGAGCGCGCGAGGAGGGAGAAGAGGACAAUGGGGCAGGCUGGCAUUGAGGUGCCAGACACGGGCAGGGAGAAGAGGGCUCGGCAGACCACGAUUGACGAGAUGUAUGCAAGGGAGAAUUUGGCCGAGUUCACAAACGUGUGGCUUCAAAGGAUCUACGUGAAGAAGUUGCCAUUCAACGCCUUCAGUGGUGCGGAGUUCUAGAGGCAGCGAUAGGCAGCAAAAAGAGUGCCUCGCUCUAUCCAGUUCCGGUUUCCCUCCUACAGGGUUACAGCGGGCGCCGGUAUCCCUUCGCA